AUGGCCAAGCCGGGAAGAGAACAAGAGACACUGGGUCUUGACUACACUUUGGAAUCAGCCUGUGUGCGAGCAAACCCCGUUUCCAGACCCGCGGGAAAAGGGAGAGGGAGCUUCGAGAAUAAGAGCUGCCCGAGGAAGGGCCGCGCACAGUCCUCCAGCCGGGAAAGUGAGCCCCACCCGAGGGGUGACGUGGAAGAUGACGUUUGGCAGGGGACCCAGAAUCACCCGAAUCCUGCCUUGGCCUACCAACCCCAUCUCUCCCUAGUGCCCCACAACUCAACAGCAACUCUGAGAAAGAGAUGGGAGAUUGUGGAUCUGUGGGCACAAUGUCCUCUCAGAAGCCAACCCGGAGGAAUCUCUCCGCCCAAGCCUCCACUAUGCAGUGACGGGGAGAACAGAGACCUUCAGAUCAGGCGGUUUGUGAUAAAGAAACUGAGACACAAAAAAGUGGAGUCACCUACCCUGUGCCCCAGAGCUGAUAGAUGGCUAUCUGAGUCUCUCUGGGCCCCUGUCACAGACUACCAUAGACAAGGCAGGCCCUCCCUGUGGAACAGCGAACGGCCUUCAGCCCCUCUCGACUUAACCUUCCAUCAGCUCCGCGAGCCCAGUGAGAAGAGGGAGGAUUCCUCUUCCCUAAGGUUUCCUGUUCAAGUCCUGGGGUUGCCUCAGUUCUGCGCACACGUCCGUCUCUAACCAUUCACUGAGGCCAGAAACAUGAAUCAGGCCGGACCCGACGGCGGGAUCCAUUUCAGCCAAACCACAUGGAUUUUGCACUUAUAGAGACAGAGAGAGGCAGAGACACAGGCAGAGGGAGAAGCAGGC